AUGAAUGUUACUAGACAUACUCGCAAGGCUGUACUCGAAGAACUCGCCGUAUCGACCGAGCGGACGGAGGACACCGUAUCCAGCAGUGGCAAUCUCACCAACAACGCAGUGCGACAUAAAAUAGUAGUACUAGGAGCUGCGAAAGUCGGCAAGUCCUCACUCAUAUCACAGUUUCUAUACAACACGUUCUCUCCAAAGUACAAGCGAACCAUAGAGGAAAUGCAUCACGGGGACUUUAACGUGUCCGGCGUGAGACUAACGCUCGACAUACUAGACACGUCAGGGGCUUAUGAGUUCCCUGCAAUGAGGACAUUGUCUAUGCAGUCAGCUGACGCGUUCAUUCUCGUCUACGAUAUCACAGACGCCAACAGCUUCACAGAAGUGAGGACUUUGAGAGAUCAAAUUCAUGAAACUAAAGACAGCACGGCCGUCCCCAUUGUCGUAGUCGGCAAUAAAGUGGACCUGGCGGAAACUGGCGCGAGACAGGUAGAAUUUCACACAACAGAAUCGGUGGUAACUGUGGACUGGGAGAAUGGAUUCGUUGAAGCUUCGGCGAAGGAUAACGUGAAUGUGUCGCAGAUCUUCAAGGAAUUACUGGUGCAAGCCAAAGUGAAGUACAACCUGUCUCCUGCGCUGCGUCGGCGGCGGCGGCAGUCGCUGCCCACUGGACCCCAGGGACCCCCAGGGUCAAGCCCCACCCCACCUGCGCAUGCGCCCCACGUGCCGUCACCCGCUCAGCUCGCACACCUGCAACAAAUCCGCGAGCGACACAACAGUAAACAUCGUUGGGAGGAUUGGGGCGCGGUGGCGGACGUCGGCUUCAGGUGGUUUGUGCCGUGCAGUGCAGGCGCCGCACACGUGUCGGACGAGUGCGUGCGACGGGCGGCGGCGUGUCGACGGCACGCAGCAGACGCCUCGCGACACUUGUUGCGCAGCGCGCGAUCGAUAGCCUCCCACCACCCACCUCGCCCACCUGCCGCCUGCCCAUACCUCCCUUACCCAACAUAG